UGAAGAUUAGUGAGCCUGAAGAAGUUCCAACUCAGGCUAGCAGAGCUCCAACCUGUGAUCCAUCUGACAAGGGAAAGCAGAAGGUUGAGUUUGAGGAUACGGUGGAUGAUUACUUCAGUGAGGAUGAUGGUUUCAUUCAAGAAGAGGAAGAAGAUGUUCAGUUUAAGGAACCUAGUUCUGGAGAUGAGGAAGAUGAUGGUUCUGAUGAUGAUGAUUACAACCCUGCUGCAGAUGAUGAUGAGUAUGCAGCCUAUGGGGUAGAUGAUGACUUUUUAUUUGACUAGUUAACAGAACAAGAAGUUCAUGAUGGUGUGGGAGAGAGACCUUCUGUAGUUGCUGAAAAUGUGAAUGUGAAUGGGAGUAGUGAGGAUCAAUUUGGGACUAACGAAGAUAAUGAGAAUAUGUUUGGGGCAGUGGAUUCAGAUCAAGAAGGGAUAGGUCAAGAAUAUGACUCUGAUGAUGAUGGGGUGCAGGAAAGGUUUCCUGAGUUUAACCCAAAGGUAGAUAUGGAGGACCCUUACUUUUGUAAAGGUAUGAAGUUUGCAACAGCAAAGAUCCUUAGAGCUGCUAUAAGGGAGAGGGCCAUUCAAAAAGGCUGGGAAGCUGUAUUUGUGAAGAAUGACAAGGUCAGAAUUAGGGCCAUAUGCAUGGCAGAUGACUGUCCGUUUGAGUUGUAUGCCUCAAAGAUGCAACAUGAGGAUACAUUGAUGAUAAAGACAUAUAAUGGAACACAUAACUGUGCAAGGGUUCUUGACAACAGUAUGGUGAAGACUCCAUAUUUGACAAGGAAAUUUGCUGAGCAGAUCAAGCUGAACCUUAGCAUUUCAACAGAGUGUCUGCAACAGACCAUGGCAGCUGGGGUCAGAGCCAGGGUUUCGUUCCAACAAGCUUACAGGACAAAGAAGGCAGCUUUGAGCCUACUGGAGAAGUCCAUUAAGGAGCAAUAUGCUAGGGUUCAGGAUUAUGCAAAGGAGCUGAAAAGGGUUGAUCCUGAGACAAGUGUUGAUAUUAAAGGGGAUUCAAGGCUGGUUGUAGACCAAUACUGGGACUGGAUGGAUGCCACUUAA